AUGGAGUACCACUUUGUGCCGCAGGAAGAACGUGCGCGCGACGACAAGGGCAACCUUUUACCAUGGGGCUACGUGUAUCAAGAUGAGACUCGGAACCCGCGACGACCUCCGGAAGAGUCUGGCCCAUUUGGACGACGACGAAAUGCUCGCUAUGACCACGCUCGAUCUCGCACUCGGACUGGCACGCCCGCCAAAAAGGAGAAUCCAAACGUAGCUGAGUUUGGCCGACUAUUUGCACAGCAACAGGAAGAGGAUAAGGCAGCGCACACUAACCUCCCCAAAUCGUCAUCUUCAUCCAACCUCGAAGGGUCGAGGAAGCCCGUUGAAAAAGUCGCGACUGAGUGUAUUCUGUAUGGGUACAAGAACAAGGAGACGGAGUGGAAGGUUAUCGAUAAAUACGAGCGUAUUUCGCAAGGCUUUGUUUGCGAAGACUAUCCUCGCAGCGAUCCCAGCGUCUCCAACAAGUUUUCUCAGCUCCUCAGCGGUGGCGACGUAGUUAUACGGUCCAAUCUCUCUGCCGAUGCGAACCGCAAAUCCAAACGUUAUGCGGGUGGUCUUCACUGGAUUAAGGUCACCUUUGACUCGACAACGGCCGCUGAUCGCGCCUGCUUUUACUCUCCCCAGGACGUCGACGGCCAUCUUGUGUUUUGCGAACUGUAUCACGGACAAGGUCCUGCGGAAGAUAUUCCUAUGCCAAAAGAAUCGUCAGAGGCUACUCGUACACGGUCCAAGGCACGUCACACGCACACGCUCACAUCUUCUCACUCGGCGGCAUUCCUCCAGGGUAGGGAGCUGGAGAGGUCAACUCUGCCUAGAUCUUUUGCCAUGAACAAUCUAAGCGCGGUCAGCGAUAUUGACGAAGGGGAUUCGCAGUUGUCUACUGCAACCGCCAGCUCAGCGACCGCAACCGCAGUCGAACAGCCCCCAGCUAUUCGUCAACGCGCAGUUCCAGAAACAACGACUGAGCCGAAGCCAGAGUCGGAAUUCAUGACUCACAUUCCCACAGUUCGACGAGCAGUUCUCCGUCCAGUUAAUGAAGCCCUCCCGCCUCAGCCGACCCUGACUGAGCGUGUUCUUCGCUCUAUUCCGAUCCUCAGUUGGUUCACCGGAGAUAUCGUGGGAGAUGGCCCGCAGUUUGGUGACGACGGUGUUUUUGAUUAUACAAAGUCGAACUUUUAUUGGCGUUUCUGGUACAUGAUUGACCAGGUCCUGGGCACCGACAUUUGUGGGCUGAAAGAGGAUUCAUAA